UAGAUGUAGAUCGGUCGACUGAUCGUUUUUAUUUAGAAAGAAGUGACUGAAAUGUAAAGUAUUUUUGUUUUAGAACUUUUCUAUUAUUGCAAUGCACCAGGUACCUCCUGUAUCUCUGCAGCGUUACAAAUAAACGUAGUUCUUGCAGUUACAAUAACUAACAAUAACAAUUUAAUAUUAUUUAAUUUUAGAAUUUUCUCUCAAAUUUCUUUAGAGAUGGAUACUGAUCAAACAAUCUCAGGACUGUUCAAUAAAAAUGAGCCCGAGAAAUUAAACAAAUUUUUGCAUGAAUGUAUUGAUCAGAUAUGUGGUUGUAAGGGACCACUGUAUCAAAAGUAUUGUAACUCAAGCUGGACCAAGGAAGAAUUCAAUGAUUUUUAUAUACAAAUACUAAAACUACUACAUAAUCCUAAUAGUUUAUAUUGUGAUAUAGAAAAAAUGUCAUUAGAAUUUCAUGAACUGCCAAAGCACAUACAAGAUGCAAUGAUGACUUGUCUUAAAGUACGCAAAAGUGAAUUAACUGAUGCUCUAUUAUACCACUAUUCAUCCAAACAUAAACCAACUUUAUUAAACUAUGAUUGGAGUUUAAAGUAUGUAAUGGGCUCUAGUACAAUGGUAUCUAUACGUGAGCCCCUUUUACAACUAAACUUAAUUUGUAAAGACAAAAAAGAAGAGAAUAUUAUUAAAUUAGAACUCGAUGAAAGUGAAUUAAAUAUGUUAAUUGAAACAUUGGAAACAGUUGCGAAUCCUCUACGGACCAUGUGACGGAGCGAUCGAUCAUCUCAAGCUGGGCUGCUAUAGCUAACAGCCACGACAUUGGAGUCGGCCUGACUGUUUAAACCUGCUUUGCUCUGAUACGGCAGCAGGCCUGUCGUGGCAGGGAGAAGUAAUAAUAUCCACCUUUGUCUAUUCUCCAGCGGGGAACCGCGUUAGCAUUACUUCCCACUGGUGAACUUGUGUCAUAUUCUUUUUAUCGUCAUAUCCUUUGCCUCAUCCUAUUCAUUCGAUCUUUUAUACGCAUUCGCGCUCAUUUGCACUCGUCAUUCACUCGACUUCCAGAUAGACAUUAUUCUACUUCAAUUUAAAAUCAUUACAGUGCUAAACGAACAAAGGUUUUAAAAAUUAAUAUAAACUUUAUUAUCAGAUCAGUUUUAUACACACACGCGCGCAAGCGAGCGCGCGCAAGUUUUUGAUGCUAUUGACGGGAAAGUCUAUUGAACAUUCUUAUUGCACUCUAGGAAACUGCUGCUCUUUGGGACUAUUAAUUAGAGAAUUUGUUUUACAAGAUUUAUGUAAAAUAAAUUUCAUAAACACCCUUUCCAAUAAAGAAAUUGUGAAUCCGAUGAUAUUAUUUACUACCGUUAUUUUUGAAUACAUUAAUAUCGACUUUUCGUUCAAAAUACACUAUAAGCAGCUACAUAUGCAUUAUCACGUUUACAUCUAUUAUAUUUUAUUGUUUUGUCCAUCUUUAAUUAAUUUAUUGCUGCGUUAUUUAUUAUAAAAUAAAUAUAACGCACGAUAUAUCGAUAAUUAUUGCCUUCUCGUCGUACGAAUUCAAUUUUCAUAUGACGAAAUUGCGUAUAACAGUGAGUUACUAUAAGGUUACUAUAAAGUUGGAAAUCGAAAUAUAUCAGAACCAAUUAUAAGUUCAAACUUGUAGCAAAAAUUAUAGAUCUUAUCUUUUGUAGAAAGCAAUAAGUUGACAACAUUCCAUGUAAAAUCCACAAUGUCAUCAUUGCUCGAAAAAGUUUUGCAAACUCCUACGGCACGUUAUACUAUCCUAUUCUUCAAAAUGCAUAAAAUAUCGUUCCAGUUGCUUUCAUUUUUAUUGUAUUAUGCAUAAUUAAAAUACAGUGUGAUUGAUUGUACGAAGAAUGAAUCUUAUUACUCCUUAAGAAC